CUUUUGCGGUUAGUGCACUUUUUUUUUGCAGUGGACACACUUGAGCUUGAACUUGAAGUUUGGCCACUCUAUUUGCAUAUGGCGGUUUUCAGCGAUACUUCUAACGGUCGGUGUCGCACUUUUUAUUAGUGUUUUUUAUUUACCUAUAAAAUGACUGAACAAGUGAUCUAUACCAAUUGGGAAAUUCUAUAUAUAAAUUCCACUUCUACUUGUGUGUUUGAUCCCAUGUGGAAUAUGUUUAUUUGUCAACCAAUAACCAUUUACACCACGAUUCGUUAUCAGUGUGUGCACGUUGAUUUUUAACGAUCUUCAAAAUAACAUUUUAGCCAUUUCCGGUGCAAAUUUCUAAGUCUUAACAUGUCUGCAUCGAAGUAUAAAACAACAAAACAUCUCCAUCUGAUCGAUAUGCACCCUACUAUGACCAAUUUCUCCACCGUUGCCCUCAUCAUUGCGAAAUCCGAGCCGCACAUCUUCCUCGACAAGCUGAGCAGCGAAAAGCGUGGCGUGAUUAAUUUCACGUUGCGUGACACGAAGCGUCACAUUGCCAACUGCAAGUGCUGGGGCUCCGAAGUCAGCGUGCACGAGUACAAUGCAAUGCUACAAAUGGGCGACGUAGUCGACAUCGUCGGGGCCAAAGUGAUGGCCAUAACACAACCAUCGCUGCCGUCACACAACGGAUUCACUGAGAAUCGCUAUCAACCACGCGGCACACUGUCAUGUGCACUUGUUGUCAACGAAGGACACGGCUAUUUGGUAAAACAUAGCAGCGACGAUCAGGCAACACUGCAAGCAUUGCUCCAACUUUGCGGCCAAUCGCACAAAGCACUGAGCACAGCUCUCAAACUCCGGGAUGUGCGUUGCGUGAUGCCAGGCGGUGAACAGCGUCCGGCUGCGUUCGUUGAUCUGUUCGUGGCAGUGGCCACGAUGCCGCCGGUGCGUGAACUGAAACGCAAGCAGCCACGCAAUGGCAGCACACUCCUGCAGUGCCUUGAACUGGUGGUCAUCGAUACCAGCUGUGCGUCGGGCAUGAUGUUGACGCUGUGGCACACGAAUUGGAUACGUCGUGCUCAGCGCUGGCAAGCGGGCAAAACGUUGUUGCAUCUUAUUGAUGUGCGUGUCGCGCAUUCGCAGUUUCAUGGCUGUUCGGUGCUUAGUCAUGCCAGCUGCACGCUCAUCUACGAGAACCCAGAACCAAGAAGUCCAGAGGCUCAAGCGUUGCUUGCUUUUGCGGCCAAAACACCGCUGGGCGGCUUUGAGUUGAGUGCGCAAAGCGAUGUGGAGAAUUUGCCACCAGCUGCAGAGAUCCAAACUCAGAUGACGGUUCGACAGAUUUAUGCGCGUGCCGAGGGUGAACUGCAGGAUGCAACCAGUGAACACUUUACGGCCGUGCUCUAUGCCAUGGUCAGCAAAUUCGAUAUCGAUGGCUUGGGCACGAGCAUCAAUAAGAAAUGCAAAUCAUGUCGUCGCCUCAUUCCAACCAAUCGCAAUGAAUGCGACAACGAGCAUUGCCAGCUAGAGUUCUCAUUGGAAUAUAGCGGAGCACGUGCCGAGCAGUUCUUCAACAUCAAUAUUCACUUGUCGGAUCACACGGGCACGCUGGUGGAGACGCGUCUUAGUGGCGGCGUUGCCAAUCAAUUGCUGGGCCUCAAUGCAGAUGCCUUUGAGGUGCUGUCGGAUCGCAAAAAGACUGAGCUUAAGUGGCGCUUUCUGUUAAAACACUUUGAGGUGAAGUUACUGAUAAAAAAGCCAACACCUGUGCGCAAGAAUCUUGCAAUCAUUGUCGUGGACAUGGAGCUAAUAGAGCUAGAACAGAUCAUAGAGAAGUUAGCUGCAUUCUAAAAAAAAAAACAAGAAGAAAACUAUUUAGAGACUUAGGAUUUGUGGUGUAAGUAGUCAUAGGUUUACUUUAGUCGUUUACUUAAGUAUGAAAGUAGUCUUUAGUAGAGGUCACAAGAAGUGAAGUUUCCCAGCUUUAACUUUGUUUAAUUUAGGAUUUGUAUAAGUUAAAGUUAAAGGUUUACUUUUAAUAUUUUACUUAAAUAUAAAAGUAGUCUUUACUAGAGAAGAAGAUAAGUUUUCCAGCAUUAACUAAGUUUGCAACGGGUUAAUUUAAUGAAUUAUCGUAGGAACCAUAGUUUUGAAGUCAUUUUGAAUUAUUUAGAGUUAAAAAAACUAAUUUUAAUUUCCGAGAGGAGUUUUGUAUAUUUUAAUGGCUCAUUGUCAUAAACGAGUGUAUUGUCUAGUCUCAAUCAGUAAAAGUGAAUAUUGAAUAUAAAAUUAAAUCUUUAUAACAUAUAGUUCACAUAGUUUUUAACGUAAUCUCAGACCUAGACAUAACUUACGAUAGGAAUUGCCCGAUUCUUGGAAUAUACCACUCUCAGUUAUCCAGUAAAGUUUUUAAGAUGAAGAACAAAAUUAAAAUGGGAAAACAAACAACGCUAAGAUUUUUCACUUUUUAUGCAUUAGAGGUAGUUAUGAGUUAUGCUUGAAGUUAAAGUUUAUUUUUUUUAGAUAAGUCCUAUCUGUAAAAUAUGCUAAUAAACAGAAGCGGAAUGUUGGAAUCGCAUGGCAAAUGAAAACCUUGUAAGAAUGUGCACUUUAUAUAAUAAUAAUUAUAUUAUAUAAUUAAAAUUUUUACAAUAUUUUUGAUACAUGAAAAAUACAAUCUGCAACUAAGUAAUUCAUGAAGAAUUUGUUUGUGCCAAACUUAAUAACAAGAAGUUCCUAUGGAAAACAAAUACAUAAAUUAAGUUUUUGGUUUUGAAUUUCAAUUAAUAUGUAUAUUGAAGCGUCUUUUUUAAGAUUGUAUCUGAAACUACUUUAAACAUAAAACAAUAAUAUGAAAUAUUCUAGAAAAGAAAGAAAAUCUCAAAGAUUAACACUACACUACUUGUAUUAAUAUUAAGAAAUUCCUGAGCCCCUCCAAAAUUUAAGUACAAUAAAUGAAUAUUACUACUAUAAUAUACUAUAUAAGUGUU